AUGAGGAUUGGCUGUCUUCAAUUUGCGCCAGAGGUCGGCGAUAUCGAUAACAACCUCAAUCGUGCCGAUUCUGUUUUAAACCGCGCGGAUCGAGAUGAACUCGAAAGUCUUGACCUGCUGGUUCUUCCCGAGAUGGCCUUUACUGGUUACAACUUCGAAUCACUAGAGGAGAUCCAGCCUUACCUUGAGCCGAAAGGCUCAGGGAUAUCGGCACUCUGGGCUAGGACUACGGCACUCAAGUACAACUGCAAGGUUGCUGUGGGUUACCCGGAGACCAGCACAGAUUGGAGUGGUCCUGUACAUUUCAACUCAUUGCUCCUUGUCAAUGAGGAUGGCGAGACCUUGGCAAACUACAGAAAGCAGCACCUUUACUACAAAGACGAGACAUGGUGUAAGGAGGGGACUGGCGGUUUUUUCCAAGGUGAAGUGGAUGGCAUCGGGCAAACGGCCCUGGGGAUCUGCAUGGACAUCAAUCCCUACAAGUUCGAAAGACCUUGGCACCAGUUCGAGUUUGCAUUCCACAUCCUUGAAUCGCAAGCCAAUGUCGUCAUCAUCUCCAUGGCAUGGAGCACGCUUGAGGACCGCGCCGCCUUUUGCAGCAAACCCUAUGAGCCCGACAUGGAAACACUCGAAUACUGGGCCAAACGUAUGGAGCCUCUGAUCCGCGCCGAGAGAGAUGCCGAAAUCAUUCUCAUAUUUGCCAACCGCUGCGGUAUUGAACGAGAAGCAUUGUACGCCGGCACCAGUGCUGUUAUGGGCAUUCAGAACGGUGAGGUCAAAGUUUAUGGAGUCCUCGGCAGGGGCACCAAGCAUCUCCUCGUUGUUGACACGGAUAACGUACCUUUUGCGAGGCUGGUCAGUCGUCCAGGCAGGGAUACCGCCGAGGGCGAGUGGGAUGGCGUCACGACCAACGCCGGGGUCAAGGCCCACGAUUUGCCUUUGCCUGACUACGAUGAGCUGGACAGAUUGGUGGAACUGAGUAGAGCCACAGACCCCAUUUGCUCUCGGCCCUCAGCGCCCGUGCAUUUGUUACCGGUCGAUUGCCCACUGUCUGCGUGCGUGCCCGAAAAGUCCAAAGAAGCAGUCAGGGAGGGAAGUUUCACUGUCCACAGUCAACCGCUGCCUUUUCCUCUGGCCCAAGAAGCCACCCUGGCUACUGUCUUGGUGGAUCCUAGCAAACCGACGGAGCUACAUGUGAACCCAACUAAGGAGAAAACAGCCAACUGCGCGAUUAGCUUCGGUAUAGCGGAAAUGGCUCCAAGUGGGCUGAUCGAGAUGACACGCGCUGACAGUCCCACUUUAACACCCGCUCGGCCGCGACUGAGAAUAUUGACGGGGACGUCACCAGCACCGGCCAACAACCUACACUACUCGGACAAUAGCGCCCGGCCAAUGAUAGCACUGCCACGCGAUCUCAUCACACCUCCACCGAGUGGCCAGUUUCUCGGCCAAGAGUACCUCGCUGCAGGCCAUGCAGAAGUUCAUGUGCUCAGUGCAACGACUUUGUACUCGCCAGAGGAGCCAGUUUUGCCAUCCGCAUGUCAGUUGAUAUCGCCAGCUCCAGCGCUCGAAAACGUGCCUACAGUGGAGCACUCGCAGGAGGCCGACAGCGUGCCUCAAAUGGAGGUGCAGACGCCCCUGACAGCUAUACUGGCACCCGAGGCAGUGCCGCACGGAUACAUACCGCUCAUACUAUCAACAAACGUCAGUUCUGAGGGGAAGCACUGUCGGACUUGA